UUAAACUAUAUGAAGUUCGACGUUUAACUGAACACUAUGAAGGCCAUACCGGGUACGAAAAAAGAUAAUGAUAUUUAUGAUGAUAUAAAGGAAUGCAUAAUUUUGCACGCUGAAAUUCUCGACUUUUUUGAUGAUAUAAAUAAUAUAAUUGGUACAGUAUUUGGUCUUUUACUGAUAAUCCUGAUAUCUCUAACAAGUCUAACUGGGAUUGUGGUUCUUAUCAAAUGGGGCGAAUGGCAUCAAGUUAUUCGAUUUGGGAUGUUUACCAUGGCUGAAUUAUUCCAUGCGUUCUGCUUUAGCUAUCAUAGUGAAGAUCUGAUAAACAAUAAUAAUCGGCUAUACAUAUCAAUAAUGAACUCAGCGUGGUAUGAAUCUUCGAUGGAAACGAAAGUUCUUGUUCAAAUGAUGCUUUUACGAUGUAAAAAACCGUGCCUUAUUAAUUGUAUAGUUUUUCCUAUGAGUAUGGAAAAUUUUACAUGGCUGAUCAAAACGAUGUUUUCAUACUUUACAGUCAUAAAAUCAUGCAGGUACUAAUGUGUGGGCUGCUGAAUCAUGCAGAUUUGAGGUAUAAAUAAAUGUAGAGAACACAAUUGUUAAAUUACACUGUAAAAAAGCAAUGAAAUAGAAUAAUACACAUGAAGUACACUCAAAA